CGAAUCUGGYUUCUUCUACCUCGAUGCGCGAGGCCGCCAUAAAGUAAGGCAAGAUUUGGGGCCGAUUUUCGACAGUUUUUUGGGGGUCCCAAGUUCUUGUUGCUUCAAGGGUCAAUUUAGUAGCUAGAAAGCCGCUAAAUCGGACUGCAAGCAUGGCUGCUACUGCAAGAGCAAGAGUGUAUGCUGAUGUGAAUGUCCAUCGCCCAAGAGAGUAUUGGGACUAUGAAUCUCAUGUUAUUGAAUGGGGUCAACAAGAUAACUUUGAGUUGGUGCGUAAAUUAGGAAGAGGAAAAUACAGUGAAGUGUUUGAGGCUAUUAACAUCACCAAUGAUGAAAAAGUGGUUGUCAAAAUAUUAAAGCCUGUUAAAAAGAAGAAAAUAAAAAGAGAAAUUAAAAUUUUGGAAAACUUGAGAGGUGGACCUAAUAUAAUCAGUCUUUUGGAUGUGGUAAAGGAUCCUGUGUCCCGAACACCAGCAUUAAUCUUUGAAUAUGUUAACAAUACAGAUUUUAAGCAAUUAUACCAGACAUUCACAGAUUUCGAUAUCAGAUACUAUCUCUAUGAGCUGUUGAAGGCUUUGGACUACUCACACAGCAUGGGAAUCAUGCACAGAGAUGUWAAACCACACAACGUAAUGAUAGACCAUGAAAAWCGAACGUUAAGACUCAUCGACUGGGGUUUAGCAGAGUUUUAUCAYCCUGGUCAGGAAUAUAAUGUACGUGUGGCUUCACGAUAUUUCAAAGGACCAGAGUUACUAGUGGAUCAUCAGGAAUAUGAUUACUCACUAGAUAUGUGGAGUUUUGGAUGCAUGUUGGCUAGUAUGAUUUUUAGAAAAGAACCUUUYUUCCACGGUCAUGAUAACUAUGACCAGUUGGUAAGAAUUGCUAAAGUUCUAGGAACAGAAGACCUUUUUGACUACAUUGAGAAGUACCGCAUUGAAUUGGAUCCUAGAUUCAAUGACAUUUUAGGAAGGCAUUCAAAAAAGAGAUGGGAACGUUUUACACAUGCUGAAAAUGAACACUUGGUUAGCCCAGAAGCGCUUGAUUUACUGGACCGUCUACUAAAAUACGACGUCCAGGAUCGUCUAACUGCAAGGGAAGCAAUGGAGCAUCCAUAUUUUUAUCCUGUUGUAAGACAAGAGCAACAACGACUGGCAUCAGGUCAGGUACCCAGUUCUAUGAAUUCACAAAACAUGGUAGGUUCCUCAGGACAGGGCUCACCGCUACCACCAUCAUCUAUCUCACCAUUGCCAAAUUCCACACCGACCUGACAGAAUCAUGAUAUCUAAUAAUGUACAAAGCUGGGCUUGUUACAUCCAAAGAAAUGUGGUUUCAGUACUACCAACGUAUAAACAUUACACAGAAUGUGAAUGCUGCUCAAAUAUAUGGAUUAAUAUUAUCUAAUAUUAAUAUAAUUUUUGCUGUUAUGAUUAGUAUAAGCUCAGUCAAUCAAACAGCAAAUCAUGAUCAGACCAAACAUAGUUUGAGAGUCGUUCACAACUGAUUAAAAUCUCAGUACAACUCAUAUUACUAUAUGACAACAUUUCAUGACAAAGACAAGUUGUUUCCAGUCAUAUUGAUACAACUAUGCCUUUAAGAUGUGAUGUCUUUGGAAUCUUUGUAUUAAAUAUUGAACUUWCAGAGUUUACUCAGCAAAUAGGAUGGUUUUCAUCAACCCUUCAAAUGAUGUUCAUAUCAGAGUGUUUAUUGUUAGYUAAUUUGAUUUAUACUAAGUGUGUUCUGUGGGUUUUUGAAAACUGCUCUGAACUUUGAAAAUAAGCAGCAAUGGCUUGUAGUAGAAAUAGUUUCAGUGAGUAUGGUGGUUCUGUUGAUUGUUGUCAUUCUACAACCRACAUKGCUGCCUGUGAGCUCAAGAUAUGAUAGAAAAACAGCAAUUACAUUCUACAUUAUUGUAAAGACUGACCUAAUAUUGCUACCUCAGUUACUUUUGUAAAGUCUCUUUAGAGAGAAAGUAUUGUCACAUGUUGAAUGUAGAGCUAUACGACAAGUAUAUUUAUCAAUGUUACAAUAGGACCAUCAAAUAGUCACAACCACAACACUUUGUGCUCAACAAAGUAAAAAUUACAUGUAUAAUACAAAUAUAUAAACUCAUCAGAUGUAUUAUUUGCAAUUGAUAAGAGCACAGACAUGUAGAAAUAUAGCCAUAUCUGGUUUAUAUACAUUAUUUUCUAAGUAAUUUUAACAUUUUGGUUUAUUGCAAGCAUCAUAUCAAACUUUUUAGAAUAGUCACAAAGUCAACUCACUUUCUCCAUUGUGUAUUCAUAUCUAUAUAUUAUAAUGAUCUUGCAAUGUUUUAAUCAGUUGUUUUGGUAKACUAAGAAAACUUGCUAUUUUAGUGUAUUUACUACAGGUUUACUAAAACAACUUAGUGUUAAUUUAUUCAUAGACUAUAGAGCUGGCUAUUUUGUCUCUUUUUCAAAAUAGUAUUAGUUCAAUUUCUGAACAAGACUAAAUAAAAAUAUCUUAAUGCA